GUGGCCGUUGAAGCCGGCUGUAGGCAUGAAAAGAGCUUGGCGAGGGGGAAAGUCCAGCUGCUUCGGCUCCCUUCACUAGGUUUGGUGAUUGUCCCAGAGCUUCUGGACCCGGGAUCAGAGUGCGAAAAUCGCUCUAGCGGGAGGGAAGCCCAGGUAUCACUAUGGCAACCGCCAGCCCCUCUGGCCGCGUGACGUCACCCCUCUCUCUCUCCGCUUGAAGCGGCCUCUGCGAGAGGGAGCUGGGGAGUCCUCGAAGGGGGCUCCCCUCUCCUCCUUUAGUGUGGGACUAUUCCGCCCCGAUCCCUGGGAGGGCUUUGUUCUUUUGUUCCGGCCUAGGAGGAAGGACGCGAGCCGAGCCCCGCCCUGUUUGUCCACCUUCCAGCUUUUCCGCUCCGCAACAGGGCAGCCAGCUUCACUGUGUGUAAGGGCACAGACUCGUGCCGGACAUCUGGGCUCCAGAGAGAGGACCCCACUGGAGGGACGCUGCUUGGGAAACCCUGGUGUGCAGAUUUCAAGAGGAACGGGAUGAGCACCUGAGAUGGAAGAUCUGUCUUCUCCAGAGUCUGCCCUUCUCCAAGGGGGACAUACUUCACUCCCAUCAGCUAGUUUUCAGGAAUCAGUGACCUUCAAGGAUGUGAUAGUGGACUUUACCCAGGAAGAAUGGAAACAGCUGGAUCCUGUACAGAGAGAUUUAUUCAGGGAUGUGACAUUGGAAAAUUAUACACAUCUGGUCUCUAUAGGACUCCAAGUUUCCAAACCUGAUGUGAUUUCCCAGUUAGAGCAAGGGACAGAGCCAUGGAUUGUGGAGCCCAGCAUUCCAGUAGGUGCCCUUGGAGACUGGGAGACAAGACCAGAAAAUAGCAUAUCAGUCUCAGAGCUGGACAUUUCUGAAGAAGAGCCAUCUCCAGAGGCAAUAGUAGAAAAGCACAAAAGGGAUGAUCCUUGGGGUUCCAAUGUCUUAGAAACUGGGAAAUCUGAAGGCAGUCCAGAGAGGCAACAGGCAAAUGAACAGGCCCUGCCAAGGGAAAUAAAAAUAACUGACAAGACAGUACCUACUUUGAAGAGAGACCAUGUAAAUAAUGACUUUGAAAAAAGCAUCAAUGUGAAUUCAGACCUUUUAACACAAAAAGAAGUAUCUCCAGAAGAGACCUCUACCAAAACAAGCGUCAAACAGAAUUUAAAGCCGGUUAAAAAAGAGAAAUCUUGUAAGUGCAAUGAAUGUGGGAAAGCUUUUAGUUAUUGUUCAGCUCUUAUUCGCCAUCAGAGAACACAUACUGGAGAGAAACCCUACAAAUGUAAUGAAUGUGAAAAAGCCUUCAGCCGGAGUGAAAACCUUAUAAACCAUCAAAGAAUUCAUACUGGAGAUAAACCAUAUAAAUGUGAUCAGUGUGGAAAAGGCUUCAUUGAGGGUCCUUCUCUUACUCAACAUCAAAGAAUUCACACUGGAGAGAAACCCUAUAAGUGUGAUGAAUGUGGGAAAGCCUUUAGUCAGAGGACCCAUCUUGUUCAGCAUCAGAGGAUUCACACUGGUGAGAAACCAUAUACUUGUAAUGAGUGUGGAAAAGCCUUUAGCCAGAGAGGCCACUUUAUGGAACAUCAGAAAAUUCAUACAGGAGAAAAACCUUUUAAAUGUGACGAAUGUGAUAAAACCUUUACCAGGAGCACACACCUUACUCAACAUCAAAAAAUUCAUACUGGAGAGAAAACAUAUAAAUGUAAUGAAUGUGGGAAGGCUUUCAAUGGACCCUCAACAUUUAUACGUCAUCAUAUGAUUCAUACUGGUGAAAAACCAUAUGAAUGCAAUGAAUGUGGGAAAGCCUUCAGUCAGCACUCAAACCUCACUCAACAUCAGAAAACACAUACUGGGGAGAAACCUUAUGAUUGUGCUGAAUGUGGGAAAUCCUUUAGUUACUGGUCAUCCCUUGCUCAACAUCUAAAAAUUCAUACUGGAGAAAAACCUUACAAAUGCAAUGAAUGUGGAAAGGCCUUCAGUUAUUGCUCAUCCCUUACUCAGCAUCGGAGAAUUCACACCAGAGAAAAGCCCUUUGAAUGCAAUGAGUGUGGAAAGGCUUUCAGUUAUCUCUCAAACCUUAAUCAACAUCAGAAGACUCAUACCCAAGAGAAAGCUUAUGAAUGUAAGGAAUGUGGGAAAGCCUUUAUUCGGAGUUCAUCUCUUGCUAAACAUGAAAGAAUUCAUACUGGUGAGAAACCCUAUCAGUGUCACGAAUGUGGGAAAACCUUCAGUUAUGGCUCAUCCCUUAUUCAGCAUAGGAAAAUACAUACUGGAGAAAGACCUUACAAGUGUAAUGAAUGUGGGCGAGCCUUCAACCAGAACAUACACCUUACACAACAUAAGAGAAUUCACACAGGAGCAAAGCCGUAUGAGUGUGCCAAGUGUGGCAAAGCCUUUCGACAUUGUUCAUCUCUGGCUCAACAUCAAAAAACUCACACAGAAGAAAAACCCUACCAGUGUAAUAAGUGUGAAAAGGCCUUUAGCCAGAGCUCCCAUCUGGCUCAGCAUCAACGAAUUCACACUGGAGAGAAACCCUAUAAAUGUAAUGAAUGUGACAAAUCCUUUAGCCGGAGCACUCAUCUGACUGAACAUCAGAAUACUCAUACUGGAGAGAAGCCUUACAACUGUAAUGAAUGCAGGAAGACUUUCAGCCAGAGCACUUACCUCAUUCAGCAUCAGAGAAUUCAUUCAGGAGAGAAGCCCUUUGGAUGUAAUGAUUGUGGAAAAGCCUUCAGAUAUCGUUCUGCUCUCAACAAACAUCAGAGACUGCACCCUGGCAUAUGACUCUUCUAGGAACAUCAUAAACAUAGGGGAUGCAUUUACUCUAGUUUGUCCUUUUAAGUACAGAAGAAUCAGGGUGGAUUGAGAAACUGCCAAAAAUAUUUUUAUUUUUCACCGUCAUGCUGUGGAAUGGAAAGUACAUUGGGCUGAAGUAAGCCAAUUACGUUGUUAAGCAACUUUGUGACAUUGGCAAAUUCAGCCAUUUUAAGCUUCCGUUUCCUCUGUGAAAUGAGGGAUUUGGAGUAGGUCAUUUCAAAGGUCGUUUGGAGUUUUAUAUUCGGUUUUGUAUAUUCACAAUAUAUUCUUGAAUAGGAUUAUUGUACAUCAACAUUUUGCUAUGUUGCAUCUAGAAUGUAUGUAUUUAUGCAUGUUUUGCCAAUAGAAAGCAUUUAUGUUUCAGUAACUAGACUGGAGAUCUAUCAUGCUCCUGUUCUAACACAUUUAAGUUCUUUAAGUAACCAAUUCCUAAUAAAAAGAAUUGUAAAGUA